AUGUUACUUCGAAGAUUACCUGCCGUACAUUUUGCGAAGGGUUCGAGACAAUUUGGAUCAUUGCAAGCUAUUGCUGAUAGUUUUGUACAGUUACACGAUGCCUCUGGAGUACCAUGGUUAGUACUCAUACCAACUGCCACUUUUGCAUUGAGAACGGUGUUCACUUUACCACUAAGUAUAUGGCAAAGGAAACGUAUAGUGAAGCAGCAAGAGCUUCGGAAAGUUGUGCAAAGUGUUCCCCCUGUGGUGAAGCUAAGAUUGGCUUCGAUGACUGCGAAGGCUAAUGACGAAGAAUUGACAAGUUCUGGUAGUGCAAUACAAACUAAAGAGGAAACGGUCGGAGCGCUUCAAAGAGGAAAAAGGCAGUUAACGCCAGAUCAAAUAACGAUGUUAUCGUUGAAAGAAAUGCGUAAGAGACAAAAAGUUUUAUUCAAAAAAUACAACGUACAGAUGUGGAAGAAUAGUGUUCUACCGUUAGUUCAAGUCCCUCUAUGGGUGACUAUGUCAAUGGGGCUUAGGAAGCUUACUGAUAGUAGGUUAGUGGACACAAAUAUGCCUCACGCACAUGUAUUACAAGAUCUUUCAGAGACAAGUUGGUUAACUCAUAUAGGUUCUUUAGACCUAAGUUUGCCCUUGGACGCAGCACCAAUGCUAAUACCCAUCAUUUUAGGAACCGUUUCGAUGAUCAAUGUUGAGUAUAACGGUAAGACGAUGCAAGCAACUGCAGUAGGAACUUCUGGCAUUACCACUGCUACUGACACACAAUCGAGAACGUCACAGACGGUAAACAGUAUCCUCACAGCGACUAGACUAAGCACAAUUUUUCUAAUUGGGGUCUCCACGCAGGCUUCGGUCUUACUUUCACUAUAUUGGAUCACAUCUCAGGUUUAUUCGUUGAUUCAGAACAGAAUUCUCGAUUUGCUAUGGCCAUAUCAGAGAUAA